AUGGCCCAGCCCCAGUUCUUCCAGACCAUCUCCAAGUCGUUCGUCGACGUGCCCAUUACUGAGGCCGGUGUCGACACCGCUGCCUUCCUCGAGGCUUCGGAGAACCUUGUCAAGAUCUUCACCCUCUUUGGCAACCCGGCGUUCAGCGUGGUCCAGAAUGACCUCAACGGCAACAUCACUAAGGUGCGCAACUACCUCCUCGCCAACCCCGUCGAGGCCGACACCCUCGAGAAGCUGCUCGCGCACGACAAGGCCACCCACCCCAAGCAGAAGGAGCGUGUGGCCACCGACGCGCUCAUGUGGCUCCUCCGCGGUCUCAAGUUCACCGCCAUGGGCCUGCGCUUCAACCAGACCAACCAGACCGAGGAGCUCAGCGUCUCGUUCACCAAGGGCUACGAGGGCUCGCUCAAGAAGUUCCACGGCAUGCUCGUCCGUCCCGUCUUCGGCCUCGCCAUGAAGGCCUGCCCUUACCGCGCCACCUUCUACCCCAAGCUCGGCGAGCCCCAGGAGGAGGUCCUCCCCCAGCUCGAGGCCUGGCUCUCGGCCCUCGAGGCCAUUGUCGCCCGCGAGGCCAAGGUCUUUGCGGACAACAGCUACGGCGAGAUCUAA